GGCGGCGAUUUCGAAGAAACGAGAUAAACAGAGAGGAGUAAGUUUGCUAUUCAUUUUAUUGUGUUAAACUGCUUCGAUUGCUUCGGAUUAUAUCAAUGUCGUCUGGACAAUUAACAGACGAGCAGCGAAGGAGGAUCGAAGAAAAUCGUCGAAAAGCUCUUGAGAAACGAGCUGCUCGUUUACGCCAACAAGAGCAGACGGCUUCGUCGACGAAUACUGCGUCGGCAAGAUUUAAGCUUAAUAUCAACGGAGGCAACUUUGUCUCCAGUAAUGCUGCUCAACCUCCAAGAAAUGAAAAUGCAUUGCUUUCUUCAAACAAACCUAACUCGUACGUGCCACAGAGACAGAUGUCGUCGAAAUCUGAAGGAGUCAAACACAGUUUGAAUGUGACACCAUCGGUCGGUCAAGCUUCUAAUGCGAAGCUUUCAAUUAACGGUAAUACAAUACGUUCUUCAACUGGCUUUAGUGGAGAAUCGCAAAAUAGUUUAGUGGGCGCAUCGAGGUCAAUGGUUAAGCCCUCAGAAAAUGAAAGAUCUUGGCGCUCUUUUCAAAGCACCGUGUCCCAAUUUUAUCGUCCUCAAAACAUUCCAGACUCAUCCUCAUCAAAAAGGAAAUUCGAAAGUACCAACCCUGGUACCAAACCAUCAACAGCAAGCUCUUCAGGAUUUGCAAAUAGCAAUUCAGGAUCCCUAAAAUCCGGUGUUGUUUCCGGUGUGAACGUCAAAAAAACAGAGAAAGAAGUGAAAGGAAACUGUGUAUUAAUGAGCAGAGAGAGGUUCACUGUUGUUGUGCCAUACCAGCCUCAGGUUACUGGGAUUUUAAAGACAAUUCCAAGCAGAAGUUAUGGUAAGAUUCAUUUGAUUGGUUUACUGUACAUCCCCAUAUAAGAGCCCAUGCAUUAAUAAUUAGUGCCCUUUCUUUAAAAUAAGGGCCCUUCCCUUUGGGCACUAUUCAUAUCAGAAAAAUGUAUUCAAAUGAGAAAAUUUCUCACCUGCGCCUGCUCCCUUUCAUAGAUCUGGCCAGAUCUUCAGUGUUUGCAACCAUAAUUAUUAAUAGUCAUCAGCUAUGGCUUACUUAUAGAUGUUUUGUGCUGGAAUGUGAAAUUCCCUAAAGAAGCCUACAUUAGCCAGACAAAAGGUGUAUGAUAGUACCAGUAGACAAGUUUUAACACUACAGUUUGCAGAGUGCUGCUCACUUCAGUGAAAACAGGGGGGUUUGUAAGCCUGUACGACUAUUUCUGGCUUCAUGUAAUAAGAAUAAAUUUUAAUCCCCCUGAAUAACAUUCUCCCCCCUUCCCCCCCCCCACCCCCCUUGUCCAGACUAGGUUAAUUGUAGGUAGUUAAUAGGUGUUUCUGCAGCACAUUUUCUUUUUUGUUCUUAUAGAUGCAAAAACAUACCAGUGGAACUUUGCUUUGACUGACUAUAACAAGCUCAGUAAGUUUUAUUGCAAUGUUAUUUUAGGUAAUAGUUAAUAAAUAUUCAAUAUAAUAGUCAAUAAAACCAAGUUAUUGUUUAGAGGUCAUAAUGAAAAAGAAGAAUGGAACCUUUAGUCAGUGUACAGUACAUGUAGUUCACCCUUGUAAAAUAAAUUUGUCUUUUAUUGAAUUAUUUAUUUACUAUUUAUUCAAUAUUUAUCUUUUUAAUGAAUUUUCCUGGACCUCUUACUCAUCAGCCAUAUCACUUCAUUAAUCAAGGAUAUAAUGAUUUUAUGUUCAUCCAUUUGAAAGUUAAAGACAUUCUUGCAUCUACAUGUACAGCGAGGCUGUCACUAAAAUUUUGAGUUCCCGAAUAUAUGCAAUAAGUAGACAGGAAAUUGAACAACUAGGAAGUUCUUUUGAUUCUUCUUUCAUUUUUGUUCCCUAUGAAAAUAGGGGAGGGUCAAGCUCAUAGUAGCGGGGGAAAAUCCCUGUCCCUGGCCCUUAAUGACAGCUCUGGUUGGUCCCUAUAUUAUUUUACAUAGAUUAUUAUUCAGUUCAACUUGUUGUACGUGUAACUCUCUUACAGUGAAAGCAGUACAAUCAUUACCUGCCCAUGUCAUUGUAGAGGGACUACCUAAGGCUGUGACAUCGACAUUUCUGAAAACCACACCAGGCACUUUGCAAGAAUUGUCAACCACUACCAUUAAUCUGAACUCAGUUGAUCACAAGCUUGUUCAGGCACUGAUGCCAUUUCAGCAAGAAGGAGUCAGGUGAGUGCUGCUUAUGUUUUAGAAUUACAACAUCAAAAAACUGACCAAAAAGAUCACUUCUGGAACCGGGGCCAUGAAACAUGUUAGACAACUGGUUCCCCAGGCAAGACUGCAUCUGGUAUAUCUAAGUUUUAAUUCAACCUUACUAUGACUGAGUACUGUAGUAGUGUUUGGGGAACCUGUGGGGUAACUUUACAAGAUUAGCAUGAACGCUCUUGCAGCAGCAUUCAGUCUUCCUUGCUUGGGGAUUAGAUCAAGAAAUGAGGACGCAAUAUUAUUAAUUCUACACAAAACAGGUUUUACUUGCUACAGGUUCUAUCUUACUUUAUCGUCGUCAAUACUUUUUAUUUGUUUGUGGAUUGGUUUAGUAUGCGUGUUAACAAUGACCGGAAAUACAUGUAUGUCUGCGGUCGCAGGCUAUAUAAUAUAAUGAUGGUUUAUUUAAUGAUGGUUUAUUAAAAUACACAUGGUGGCAUAAAAACUUACUUAAGUUUGCUUACAUAAGUUAUAACUAAAAAUAAAAUUACAUUUGUUUCAGAGGGACUGGGAUUACAGGCUAUUUAUUUAUAGUUAUUUACAAUUCAGUUAUAGAUAAAGGACAAUACUAGAGAUAACUAGACUCGUAAGAUUACUGUUCCUAAGAUGGUAAGAGUGGCAUUCGGAUCGCACGGGAGGAAGAAGGUGGUGCAGCUGGCCAUCCGGGUUAUUUUUGAUAUUGUGCCACACUUUAAGACACAGGUGGGCGCGUCUAUCCUCUAAACUGGUAAUGUUGGCUUGUGCAAGAGCCUGUUGGUAGUGGAGGUCAGGGUAUACGAUUCGCAGGGCCCUCUUCUGGAUAGCUUCAAGCUGGUCAAUGAGGAAGCGAGGAAGGCAAGUAGCCCAGACAACAGAAGAGUAUUCUAGAACAGAGCGAACCAAGGGGCUAUAGAUGGUGACAAGGUCCACUGGAGGGACCCCAGCGCGCUUCAAGACCCUGAGAAUGUGCAGUCGCUUAGACGCCUUGGAAACGAUUUCGUUUCUAUGUUUCUAGCAGUAUAAAAUUAUUUUAAUACACAUAUGCCAUAAGUCUUUUAGUACAAACUUUGAGCCUAUGCAAAUAAAAUACAACUUGUUGCUUGUUCCACUGUUUAACAGUUUCAGCAUUCGUCAUGAUGGCCGAGUGUUGAUAGCUGAUGACAUGGGCCUGGGAAAGACCAUUCAAGCUAUCUGUGUUGCAUGUUACUAUCGUCCAGAGUGGCCACUCCUCGUUAUUACACCAUCCUCUCUCAGAAUAACAUGGCAGCAGGUUGGUAACUUAUUUUUUGGGGCUCAAAUUAAAAAUUAAUGUGACUAUUGGUUUGUUAAAAUUUACAUCACUGUGGUAACAUGACUAGUUAAGAGUAAAAUGUAGGUUUUCUUACUUGCAAUAGCGUUUGUCAUUAAAUUACCUACAUGUGCUUUACAGAUCAUUAUACGUUUCUGGGAAACUGCCCAACUACCCCUCCCCUAGGCCAACAUUAACACUUACUUCUCACUUAAGACAAAUGUUGCCUUAGGGGAGGGGUAGGUGAGCAGUAUCCUUGCUAUUUUAUUACUUCUUGCCUAGGUUAGCUUUUUAGCCCUUUAACAACUAGUUACUUAGCCAUCAAGCCAUUCUUCACACGUCCAAACUGAUCUCUAUGACACAUGAUGUCAACUUCACUAUUUUUCAUCUCCAUCAAUGGAUUGAAGAACAUGGAAACUCCACUACUGUAGGAACAUGAAAGAAUGCCGUGGAAUCACUACUCUUGACCUCUCCUCCCUACUAGUAGAGUCUUCUAUUCUGUUCACCAACAAUUUCUCCAUCUUGAAAAGAUUGAUCUAAUGGAAAACUGGACUGUUUGAUUUAUGAAAUGGGCUUUACCCAUUCAAGAGAAAGCCUACUGUAAAACAACUGAGUGAUGAUCAGACUCAAUUUGAGCUGGAACAUUAUGACGAACUAUUGAGACAGUGUGACAGUUCAUUUCUUGGUUGGGGAAGAGAAAAGAACAGUAAAUUUCAAGCAACUGUUAAUUUUAAAUAAAAUCUAUACGAGCUCAAAAUGUCUAUCUUUUAGCCAAUUUUUGUUAUAGUUGCAUUUAAAACCAAUAGUAUGAAAGACACAAGCGCUAUGACCUCAGCCAAUGGGCAUGAAGUAAUAAGCUAUGAAGAGGAAUGAGCUGUCACUCAUUAAACCCUGCUUAAAACCCUACGCUUUUGAACAAAGCAAUUAAAAGUUAGAAGUUCCAUCUACAAAGUUAAAAAAUAUUCUUUUUGUAGGCUUUUAUGAAAUGGCUCCCCUCUGUGGAUCCAACACACAUCAACGUGGUUUUCACUGGAAAGGAUAAUCCAACAUCAGGACUUAUAAACAUCAUCAGUUAUGAUCUAUUAAGUAAAUGUAUGGAGGAUUUGAAAAAGAAGCAGUUCAGAGUCAUUAUAGCUGUAAGUUAUAAUUACCAUAAAUCACCUAUUAAGCACCCCCUCUCAAAUAAGCCCCCCAUCUCCGUAGUUAAGGAGCCCCCAGUCUCUUUUAAGCCCCCCUCCCCUCCCCCUUAUUAUUCUUCACUAAUAAAUGAUAGACUGUAUUAAUGAACCACAACUGUAAAAGUUUGUGUGGACUGAUCGGGGAUGGUUUAUUUACCAACUGGAAGUUCGGAUUUGUUUUUGAUCCUCAGCUGUAUGACCUCCAACUUCCUGUGCUUGAGCUUUUCGACUUUGCAUUCUAGUUCUUUAUGGAGAACUGAUACCAUCGUCUGGGCCAAAUUAAAUAAGCCCUCCAUCUCUAUAAGCCUCCUCUCAAAUGUAUUUGAAAUAAUAGAGGAUUUACGGUAUUAUAGCAGUAUAUAUGCAAACUUACCUUUUUCAAAUUUGUCUUGUUUAACCUCAGUGAAAAUGUGGGUUAUAUUAUGCUUUAUUUCUAUAUUGAAUUUUUUUGUAUUUUCUGUAUUGAAUUCUUUAAUUCGAUGUGUUGCUUGGUUUAGUACUGCUAAGUGUUGUAACUUUAUUUAUGUCCUCUGAUAGGAUGAGUGUCAUUUCAUCAAGAGCUACAAAGCCUUGAGAACCAAAGCUGCCCUGCCUUUACUUAAGGUAUGUGAUCGUUUUGCAUAUAUUUGCUAUCACAAUUCGCCGUGUUUGUACGAGAGGCCUCUCCGGCCUCCUUGACUGAAUCUUGCUCAUUCUGGUAUGGUUUGAAAGAUCUCUUUACCCUGCACAAGUUAGCUGACAAGGACUUGACUGUUAAAACUGAUGACAUCACAAGUGGUUCACACAGGCGGUUUAGAGCGAAUGGGUUGAACAUUUUUGACAAUAUUAACUGCGAUUAGAGGAUAACAAUGCUGGCUGCAACCAACAGUUUGAUGUGACACACAUGUCCAAUACUCACCACUGGAUUGUUUGAGUGAAACAAAGUGAAGUACAUUGCUUGGCUGCAUCUUAUUAGCCAAGUGUAGAGAGGGGGUCCUGUCAAGUGGUGCGACUCGUACGAGUUGUACAACGGGUGAAAUAGCAUCUCAUUAGAGACACUUAGAAUUUGUGAGCAAAGUUGUCGAGAUGGGGCCUUUCGAAUGGUGCGACUCGUACGAGUCGUGUAACUGGCGAAAUAGCAUCUCAUUAGCGACACUUAGAAACCGAGAGCAGAGUUAUCAAAAAGGAAGCUUUCGAGUGAUGCGACUUGUAUGUCUUGUAUGAGUCGAGCAACUGGUGAAAUAGCAUCUCAUUGGAGACACUUAGAAUUUGUGAGCAAAGUUGUCGAGAAAGGGCCUUUACUCGUACGAGUCGUCCAACUGACGAAAUAGCAUUUCACUAGUGACACUUAAAAAUUUAGAACAGAGUUGUCGAAAAGGGAGCUUUCGAGUGGUACGAGUCAUGCAACUGGUGAAAUAGCGCGUGGACAGGAACGCAUAAUUUUAUACACCAUGAAUAUUCCUCUUUCUAUAAGCAUCAUACACGACAAACAUUCGGUGCAUGAAACUGCAAGAUGGCUCAAAUAUUACGAUCAUACAAAAAGUUCCAGUAAGCGUGCGAACAAGAACGAAUACACCAUGAAUAUUCCUCUUUCUAAAAGCAUCCUAAAGGACAAAAUUUCACCAGUUGCACGACUCGUACAAGUCGCACCACUUGAUAUUUGGACCAUUUAUGAUAUUGGUGCGGCAUUACAGUUUACUUAUCCCACCAUGUAAGCCGUCUGCAAAGCAAGGCGGUUUAACGCGAUGGAUUGAAAGGCCACUCCCUCGUAGCAUUCCUUCUCGUUUUUUGUUUUGUGUUGUUUUUUCAUGCGUUUAUUCAGUAGAGCGAGGCAUUUUAAAAAAGGAACGAUUGCAAGCAGUGUACCACCCAUGGCACCACGAACGUCAGAGAAGCAAUAGGUUUAACCAGAAACUCAUAAGGGGUUGAAACGUGUAACUCUCAUAUGUUUGCUUUGUCCGAUGCUCGUGAUUAUUCAUUUUCGAAAGUACCAUAUUUGGAACGAGAAGAAGAGAUAACUGACCAAUCAAACUUCGUAAACAACGUGACAUAAUUUUCCUUCAGGUUCCCGCGCCCGCUUAAAAAAAAUGGCCGACAAACGGGGGAAAGCUUUCAAAGCCGAGAAAGCUUUCAAAGGUUGAAACCAGGAAUAUUACCGAAACACUGAGCAGGAUAUUAUUGCCUUACCACCCGGGCCAAACGUAACAUUAUGAAACCCAUUGACGGCCUCGCAACUUCUUGAAGUUGUCACUUCAAAAAACGAUGCCUCGUUGACCCUCUGCACAGUAAACUUAUACUGCAAAUUUAAAAGUCUCGAAUAAACAGUGAAAAAUAUUUUCGAAUAAAAUUCAUUAGUUGCGUAUCGAAAGUGUCCAAAACCUGAACCUGACAUCUUCGCAAAAAGUGAUGCUUGUAAUGAAUGUGAGAAGCAUUUUAAGCGCUUAAAUUAAACUUGUUGUAGUCAUGAUCGUGUUUUGAGCCAAUUUUAUGAAUGAACAAACUCAAAACAAUAGACAGAGAAGCCGUUUCUUGAAAAUUUUUAUUCAAAGUCCAAAAAGUUAAUCCUUUAAAGCAAUUCGGAAAACACUAUCUGGAUCGUAGAUCCGUUCACGCAAGUGACAUCGGCUAAGCACAUGGCAAAAUUCAACACAAAAUCCAUCUCAAAUCAGGGCAAAUUUGUAGUUUUUCUUUAGCGUCGAAGAGAAAAAUUUAUAAAACGUCUAUGAAACAUUUUAAAAUACAUAAAUUCCCUUUCAAAAACGUAAUUUUCUUGGCCAUAGAGUGCAAAAUGUACCUGAAAAUUCAGCAAAAACUUCGCUGACUUGGUUGCAUUUCAAAACAGACAAUGGGCUCCGCCGUGAAGAAAACAAGGUUGAAUUCCUCGAAGGACGAUUUCUUGAUGAAAAGCUUCCCUUUCUCCACAAAAAGAAAGCUGAGCAUUCUUUUGAACUUUCUCUUUCCAUUUUUUGUCUUUUAACGGUGUAUUUUUAAUCUUGAAAUGCAGAACUCUUGUCUUAAAACAUCUGCAUGGUGAUCGCGCAGCAGCCAUUUUGUUGAAAAUGGAUAUCCGUCACUAAGAUUUCCAAAUAUGGUCAAAACGAAUAUUCACGAGCAUUGAACGCGAGUUACACGUUUCAACCCCUUAUGGGUUUCUGGUUUAACAAUGAACGUGGAUCGUUGAUUUUGGCACAUUUCUUUGCCGUCACGGACGGACAGCAUUGACGUGAAACUUCCUAAUGCGAUGUUUUGGAGGACGCAACAACACAAACUGCGCAUUUUUCUUUCUCUUUAUAAACUUGAACUCGGUCCCUAAGAAUUCAGCUUCUAAAAAAACUGAAAAAUUUAAUAUCGUGAUGAAGUUGAAAACGGCGCGAAUAUUUGCUUGUUUAGCUUUGUUUCCGCGCGCUUCCGUUGCUGCCGUAGUUGUCGACAAAUUAGCAAUAGGUUUAGGGAGCAAUCGGGCAUCACGCUUUUCUGUAAAUUUUAUAUUUACCGCCCCAGUUCAAUUGCGAGAUAAAGCUAAGAAGAAUGUGAACGGCAAUGUGAGAUACAGUAAAGUUUACUGUAUCUCUUUGAGCUUGGUCCCAGUUCUGUCUUCUCUGCUUCUUCUUUAGUUUUAAUUGACACUACAAAGAGUAGGUAAAUACAAAGCUUUUCUGGUAAAGGCUUCCACAAAAGGCAAAGUCGAAGGUAACAAGGACUGUACGAAAACAGCUGAUACGUUUUUGAGUCUCACUUUCGAUAUUAUUAGUUAAUGCUUUUUCUUAAACUAUUAAGUUUGGCUAGUUUUCUCGAUCGGAAGUAUUUUUCUCUCUUUACUUAGUACAUUCUUUUCAGAUGAAGUAUAAUCCGUAUUGUUUUCAGGCGGCCACCCGUGUGAUUUUGUUAUCCGGGACCCCAGCUCUCUCCAGGCCCUUGGAGCUUUACACGCAGAUCUGUGCCAUUCAGCCAGGGUUGUUCCCCACCUUUCAUCUCUUUGGACUCCGAUACUGUGCUGGACAACAGGUAGCAAGAAGUUUUUCCGUUUUUUGGAAAACGCUAUGCGAACAGCAUUCGUUGUCAUCUUUCCGAGCUCAUGGACUGGAGCGGGUGAUUUAGCAGUUAUUGUUUUGUAAACCAAAAGAAAAACUUUAUUUGAGUGUCAACGUAGUUGGCACGAAAGUACCAACAGAGACGGGAGUGCCAUUUGACGUGGUCAUCCGAGUCACGUGAAGGUGUAGCUUUCAGUGCCUUCAUUUCUCAGUUAUUUUAAGAACCUGACUAUCCGACCUUCCGCUCUGCAGUCAAGCGCUGUAUCGGCUGAGCUAAUCCUGCUGCGAUUGACCACAUGAACAAAGAACAACGAUCUAUUAUAAGAAAGCAGCAAAGAAGAAAAACGACUUACUCAUUGAAACAAAAAAGAUGGUGAAUUUUAAGCUCAGUCAGUAAAUGAAUAUGAACGGUGAUAAUCAGCAUGUCACGAGCGUGAUCUCUCCUUGGCUCUGUGGACUCAGUGGUACCUGGAGGACGCCCGCUCGGUAUUCAGGUGAUCAUAGCUUCGGAUCCUGUCAAGGAAUCAGGGUUUUUUCUUUGCCCACGCUUGUGACAUGCUCAAAUACUCAUUAUAUUUGACUUAGCAAUGUUUGGAAAGUAUAAAGCUAAUGACAGAAGACUGUAAAGCCAUUUCACGAUGAUGGUCUUUGCCUUUGUCUUUUUUUGUUUCAGAAUCGUUUUGGUUGGGACUUUUCAGGGGCAUCUAACAUGCGAGAACUUCAACUUUUACUUGAGGAAAAAGUAAUGAUAAGGUGAAAAAUCUUUCUUUGUAUGCUGUGGUCAGUAUGGUGGGAGAGGACUGGAGAGGACUAAUGCUCCAGAACUACGUUAGCUAAUAAAUUCAAAUAUUCGUCAACCAGCCUAGUUACGAUUUUCAUCCUCAUAGCCUAACCUUACACUUACGUCUAAUUUAUUUACACUACAGGCGAUUAAAAAAAGAUGUCCUAUCUCAACUUCCUUCCAAGCGACGACAAGUGGUAUGUCAUAUUCAAGACCAUUUUAUCAGUGUUUUUCUGAAUGAAGUUUUGUUUAAAGCAUUUCCAAUUUUUGUUCUGUAGGUCCAGCUUGACCCUUCGCUUAUUAAAACUAAAACUUUGGAAAGAGCCGCAAAAGAAGUGUCGAAAGCUAAGGUAAUUUCUUAAUAUGACUGUUAAUAAUUUUAUCUUCUUAUAAUGGAACUAAAAGACAAAGUAAAAUAAAUCGUCUUUUUAGUAAACUAUUUUGAAAGGACAACGAAUUUCUAUGUGAGGACCCACAUGACGACAACAACAACAACAACAACAACAACUUUAUUUGUACCCUACAUUGAUUUACAUGAUACAAAAAUAAAUAGAUAAAACUGAUUUGGAGAGUGUACAGGCUGCCCAUAAUAACCAUUGAGCAGAGGGCUUAAAAGAUAGGGCAACCUUACUUAGGUUAUUAAUAAAUGAUCAUACUAAAGGGUCAGGUACCACACACCACACACAGCUACACAAAACACACACACAAAAAAGGGGAAAAAGCUAGUAGAAAAAGAAAGACAGCAAGAGAGAGCUAAGUAUACCAGGUAUUAAACAAUGGAAGCCAGAACAAAAUAUAGUGUUGAUAAAUCUGCAAUUAAUAUUUAUCAAUAAGAAUUGACUUGACAAACCCUUGAGAAAAUCAUUACCCCCCGUUCUCGCCCAGUAAUGAAAGUUUUGACAAUUAUCGUAUAUAUCUGAUUGAGUAAGCUCUAUUCUGUCGGUUAGUGUUAUUUGCGUGUAAGUUAAUUGUUGAAGAAUUCGUUUCUCUCAGUGGUUUUUUGCUUUCUCACAGCAAAAAGAGCAACAUGGUGCCCUUCUUAAUUACUUCUUUGAAACGUCUGCCUGCAAGAUGCCAGCGGUCAGGUGAGAAAAGGCUGUCAGCAUGCGCUCAUGUUCAUUUUCAUUGUCGGUUUAAGGUGGUUGACAGCAAAUCAACGCUUGUACUUUGAUGGAUCAGCGCUACUACUGCGAGGCAGUGACUUUUGGAAAAUCUUUAUGUAUUCAAGUUAUACUAAAGAAGGGGUGACUGAACUUCGACGGCAUCCUUUACGUUUCGAACCUCGACACUCGCUGCUGUUUAAAAUCAAUACUAAUUCUUAUGGUAAUGGUACCAGCAUUACUGAAAAUAACCUAAUUAAAUUAAAAAAAGGCACUCUUUUUAAGGGUCAAUGCAUUUAGCACGAACUAGAAUUACUGUACUAAUUGGGGACUCUAUUUUUUUACGUCUCCUACUGAACACGGACCGCCAUUUUACGCGGUCAUCCGUGCCACGCAAAGAUCAAGCCGUUUGCAGGGCAAAGAUAAUAAUUUCAUUUCUCAGUUAUUUUAAGACCCUGAGUAUUGGUCCGGCUCAGGGAAUCGAACCCACGACCUCCCGCUCUGCGGUCAAGCGCUCUACCGACUGAGCUACAUGUAAUCCCGCCGCGGUUCAUUAGCUCGGUCGGUAGAGCGCUUGACUGCAGAGCGGGAGGUCUGUAACGCAUGUUGAAUUUUCAGCUUCUUUCCUUCAAAUUUCGCUUACUGUACUUUGCUGGUACAAAAAAUAAAGUGGUAUACAAAGAAUGCUUGCCAUUGAUGUACAUUAGUUUAUUUGCUCUUAUUUACCAGGGAGUACAUUUUAGACCUGCUUGAAAGCGGCCGCAAGUUUCUUGUGUUUGCCCAUCACAAAAGCAUGUUAGACGCCAUUUGCAGUUGCCUUGAACAAAAAGUAAGUUGUGUACCCUUUCAAGAUUAGUUGACUUUCUUUUCACACCAAUCUUGCAAACUGAGGAAGAAGGGACUUCAUAUUUGUUAUAUAUUUUCCUUCACUUUCAUAGAAGUACAGUUACAUUCGCAUUGACGGCAGCACACCAGCAGGGGUUCGACAGAAUCUGUGUGAUCACUUCCAACAGGAUAAGGCCUGUCUGGUAGCUGUUCUCUCUAUUACUGCUGCUAAUACAGGUAUGAAAGUACUUUUCCCUUGUUUUUUCACUAUAACUAAACUGGCGGCACCCUGCGAGUGGAGCCUCCUUUGUCUUCUUGAGUGAGGAGUGAAAAGAGGCCCUACCUGAUUCACGUCAAACCUUUGAGGUCGCCGCAGCCCCAAUCUCUGGACCAGUCAAUCUUCUUUUCUCUCCUCAAACUGGGUUUUUCGAGUGCGAGCAUCCUUUUAUUGAUAAACCGAUGGUCAUUCUAGAGCCAGCUGUAUCCUAGCAACAUGCCGCGCAUGCUCAGACCGUCAGCGUCUGAAAUAUCUUAAUGAAAUAUCUCCUUUAUUUUGCUCCUUUCGGCAUACAGCAAUUUCUUUACAACUAGCAAACCAGUUUUCAAAUUCUAACUUAAAAUUGGGAAAAAAAUCAUUUCAUUUACUUCUUCAAAAUUUCCAAAAACCACUGUCAAACAGUCAGGUUUGCUUUUAUACAUAUAACCAACUGUAAAAAAUGUUGUGGGAUAUUUGUACUCGUUUGGUGCAUUUUUUGUACAGUAACCAAUGCAAUAAGAUAAUGUAUAUAAUUAUGAACAUUCUAUGUCCUCAGGGCUGACUCUUACCGAGGCAAACGCGGUCGUGUUUGCAGAGCUCUUCUGGAAUCCUGGGGUGAGUUCAGAAGUUAGCUGUUAGCUAUAGUUAAGGCGCACUUAAUCGAUCGUCUGAUUUAUCCCUAGACGGCUGUAAUAUUAUCACCCUGUGUGGCGUCCGUAACGUAUUUUGUUUGUUUUUUUUUUCAAAGCCCUCGUAGUUAAUAACCGUUUAAAGGGAUUUGUCCUGCCGGUGAUUGUAAACUCUAAGACUAUUAUUAAGGUAUUUAGAGGAAAUACGGAUAUUUCAGAAACCGACCGGAUGAAAAACGCGAAAUGGCUUCUGAGAAACGACUACAGAAAUUCCAUACUGAUGACGCUUCUGAUUGGUCAUGCCGCGUGGAAAAUUUACUUCAACCAAUCAGAUACAUCACCCAGAUCUGAUUAGUGACACGUCAUCAGUAUGAAAUUUAUGCGCUUGUUUCUCAGACGUCAUUUUGCGGGGAAACCAGUAGUGGCGUCGUAAAAUGUCGGCUGUUUUCUCAGACUAUGAUGAUAAUUCGGGGUAUUGACUAGCUGAUUUAGCCCUGCUUAAAUGGUUCUCACUGAUCAAGUUAUUGCCCGCGUUCGUGAAUUUCGUGCGCUUUGUAGGAAUCUCUUCGAGAGGGGAAGUUGUAUCCCGACAAGAACUCGAUAUUGAAACCAGUUUGGUCCAUUGGCACAACACAACCGGACAUCCUGCAAACUUAAAGUGUGCUUAUUUUUAUCACUCCUUUCAUUGUGCUUCAAGAGAGAAUGAUCUAGCUCAUUCUCUCUUGUGUGCUUAUUUUAGCCUGAGAAUAUUGGCAUGACCUGAAUAAAUUCUUGCAAAUGACCUUCGUGUGUGAGCCGAGAAUUAAGUGUCUUCAAUUGAACACCCAAUAUCAGAGUUAGACGCAUUAAAGAUAGUAAAAGUAAUGAAAACGUUUGGCUCAGAAAACUAAACAUCCACCCCAUAAAUCACCCUUAACUUGGCUAACAGGAUUGAUAAAGUUUACAUUGUAAUUAGGUUUUAUGCAUAUGUUCAAAAUCGACCUUCUGUAUGGACAAGGGUAACUGGUUAUGAAUGUCCCAUUCUAAUUCUUUCUUACAAGUUAGUGCCUACGGCAAAAAGAAGCUGUUAUUUUUCUAAUAAAAAUGUUCAGUUGAUUUCGCUUUCUAGUGGUACAAUACAAUACAAUGAGUUUAUUAACAUGUCCCAAAUUAGGAUUUUCAAUGUUAAUUUACAAUCAUCAGAAAAAAACCUAAUAACAAGACUUUUAAAAAAGUACUAAAAAUUAGUAAGAUGAACUAAACUAAAUUUGACCCUAAAAACAUUACACAAGACAAAGUAUAGAUGCCCAAAGUUCCCCACGGGCACGAUCCUUAAAAAGAUCAAUGUUGUAGUUCAUUUUUUUUGUCGGGUAAUUUUUGUUUCUGGCUUUGGUAAUGUAUGCUAAUGAAGUUAAAACAAGGGGAAAAAUAAAAAUUACCUGAGACAAAAAAUUCACUACAACAGAUCCUCAAGGCUUUUAACUUUCGCUCCCUUUUUUCGCUCCUUUUUGCGCCUGCCACGCUAUAGUCGUGUCCGGCUUGUGCAUCCCUGAGUACAAGUGGCGGUUUUUAUAGAACUCAAAAAUGCAUUAUCUUCUCAUAGAACAUUGAAAAGUAUCUUCUAAUUGGCAGGUACUGACCUUAUAAUUGGGUGUCAGAUAAAGUUCAGAUAUGAGAUAACAAUCUUAAAGUGUUUUAUUUGACACUUGACUAGCAACUGUUGUUUUGCUAGGCUCUUGUACAGGCCGAAGACCGCGUGUACAGAAUAGGACAGAAGAACGCUGUCAACAUUCAUUACCUUGUGGCUAAAAAGACUGCAGAUGACUACCUGUGGUAAGAUGCCGAACAUGUUUUUGCGGAUUUUUUUUUCAGAAACGAAAAGGGAACUGGAUCGAGUUUGCUUUCGCAAAGACCUCCGGGAUUGUUACCACGAGGGACAGGAAAAAAUUAGCCAAUAGCUGAGGGGCGUGUCCCCAGUAACAAUCCCAGAAACACUUGCGGGACGCGAUUUAGUUGCCUUCUCGUUUCUAAAGUUGCGAAUUGCCCUUUAUGCUUUCUAUAUCUUGGCGAAACUGGUUAUGGUUAUGAUUUAAGUUGCAGGAUAAAUAGAUUAAGAAGAAAGGUUAUCAUUUCUUUGAGAAAACAUUUUUUUUUUCACCAAAACUUUUGCCGCUGUUUUUCAGGCCACUAAUCCAAAAUAAGCUGGAGGUUUUGGGUAAAGCGGGACUUUCCGAGGAUGUGUUGGAAGCCGACUGUACUUUCUUCAAGGUGCGCGUUCUAAUGCUUUUUAGCGAAAACAGUUUUGUCAAUGUGUCCGGUAUGGCUCUGAGCUUGUGCGGAGACGUUUUGCGUCGUUCUUAUUCGCGUAGUUCGCUUGUUGUUUCUACGCAAAAGCAAGCGACUCAAAUGACUUCGUAAAUGCUAAAAACCAUGCCGGAAUGAAACCUCUGCUAGCAAGAUAGAAAGUGAUUUAAUCAGGGAAUUGUAAUACGUCAUAAACGUCUGUUUGAGACGGCUUUUUUCUUUCUUUUCCAAGGAUCCCAAGCAGCAAACAUUGUUUUCAUUUGUUGAGUCCUUUGUGGAGGAUUGUACAGGGGACCAGUCCACAUCGCUGUUUGAAACAGUGGCUGAACAAGGUUCUCCUCAUUCUAAUAAUAAUAAUUCGGAGUUUAAAACAGAAACGUUAAAAGACGUCAAAUUUGUAAACACAAGCGAAACAAGAAAGCGAACGAAUCCUGAAUCCAAUUCUUUGGAGGAAGGCAAUCUUAACCGUGCAGUUAAGGAUAAUUUUGAUUGGUUUGAUGGUAUGGACAAUGACGGAGAUAUCUUUUCGCAUGACCUUUAUGAUCAAGAAGGUUUCAACUGCCAUAUUGAACCUGGGCCAUGUGCUAAGAGAUAUCGCCAGUGA